CCAAAUUUCUAAGUCCAUCGAAAAACUGGUCCCCUAAAAUUAUCAAUGGCCAAUACUCUCCCACUUUACGAAAAAACAAUUAUCAAAAGACCAACACAAAGAGCAUUGGACAUUGCCAUCUUCUUCCUGUUGCUUUCUCUGGUUUCUUAUCGUCUGUUGUUGCUCUUCAACCAUGGCUUCUCCCAUCUCCAAACCAUUGCUUUCCUCUGCGAAUCUUGGUUCUCUUUCGUCUGGUUUCUUGCCGUCAUCAUCAAAUGGAACCCCGUCGACUACAAAACUUACCCUCAACGCCUCCUCAAACGGGAGGUGGAACUUCCGGCCGUGGAUAUAUUUGUGACAACGGCGGAUCCUGUGUUGGAACCACCGAUAAUAACAGUAAAUACUGUACUGUCUUUGAUGGCGUUGGAUUAUCCGACAAACAAAUUGAGUUGUUAUAUCUCUGACGAUGGAUGUUCUGCUAUGACCUUCUAUGCACUGAGUGAAACAGUGAAUUUUGCAAAAAUGUGGGUGCCAUUUUGCAAAAAAUAUGAAGUUGAAAUACGAGCUCCUUUUAGAUACUUCUUAAAUGACUCACCAAUGCAUUUUCAUUCUUCUCCACAAUUCCAACAUGAUUGGAAAACUGUCAAGGUUGGGUAUGAGAGGCUUGAAGGGAAAAUAAAGGAAGCAGAAGAAAACAGACUUUGUUCACAUGAAGAGAUUGGACUGGGCAUUGACUUGGCUGCUUUCUCCAACAUCCACACCAAACACCAUCCCACCAUAAUAAAGAUAUUGUGGGAGAACAAAGAUGUUUCAGAUGAAUUGCCACAUUUAAUUUAUGUAUCAAGGGAGAAGAGUUUAAAACAUCACCACCAAAACAAGGCGGGCGCUAUGAAUGUUCUGACAAGAGUGUCGGGAUUAUUGACAAAUGCGCCAUACAUAUUAAAUGUGGACUGUGACAUGUUUGUCAAUAAUCCCCAAGUUGUUUUACAUGCAAUGAGUGUAUUUUGCACCCCUAAAGAUGAUUUGGAAGAUAUUGGAUAUAUUCAAUCUCCCCAAUGCUUUUAUGAUGGGCCUGAGGACGACCGAUAUGGAAAUCAAUUGGUGGUCAUAUUCGAGUACUUCGCACGUGGGAUCAUGGGACUUCAAGGACCAUUCUACUGCGGGACUGGGUGUUUCCAUAGACGAAAAGUCAUAUAUGGCCAAUUUCCUCACCACACUACACAUUUUAUGGACGGAAAAGCUUCGGAACAAGAAAUAAUGAAAUCAUUUGGAUAUUCAAAAACUUUUGGAAAGUCAGCAAUUUAUGCUUUUGAAGAAACCACAUGUGGCCAUCUUCCAAAAGGCCCUUUGAGCAAUAAUCUUGAAGCUGCCAACCAAGUGGCUUCAUGUGGCUAUGAGAUCGGCACUACUUGGGGUUCCAAGAUAGGGUGGAUGUAUGGAUCUACAACUGAAGAUGUACUAACAGGCUUAGUGAUUCAAAAGAGAGGGUGGAGAUCAAUUUACAUUGCAUUAGAUCCUCCAGCAUUCUUAGGAUGUGCGCCUUCACAACUUGUUGCUUCAUUAACUCAACAGAAGCGAUGGGCCUCUGGCUUACUCCAAGUUUUAUUCAGCAAACAUUGCCCUAUUUUUGCUACUCUCUUUGGGAAACUCCAAUGGAAGCAAUGUGCAGCCUACUUGUGGAUUCUCACUUGGGGCCUUCGUUCCAUUCCAGAGCUUUCUUAUGCAUUACUUCCACCCUAUUGUCUCAUCACUGACUCCUCUUUCUUCCCUACUGUGGAAGAGAGAGCAAUCUUGAUCCCAAUUUCUCUCUUCAUCAUUUAUAACUCUCAACAGUUGUUACAAUACAAAGAAACAGGUCAAUCAAUAAGAGCUUGGUGGAAUAACCAAAGAAUGGGAAGAGUAAACACAAUGUGUGCAUGGUUAUUUGGAGUGUGGAAUGUGGUUCUAAAACUUUUGGGUGUAAGAGAAACUGUAUUCGAAGUAACAAAGAAAGAGACAGGUUGUGAGGCUGAUUUGGGACAUUUCACAUUCGAUGAGUCUCCAAUGUUUGUGCCGGGGACGACCAUUUUGUUACUCCAACUUAUUGCUUUACUUAUGAGCUUCAUAAGGCCGCCCAAGAGAUCAGGAAGCUCAGUGCUUGAGGUGAUUUGUAGUGUAUGGUUAGUUUUAUGCUUUUGGCCAUUUUUAAAAGGAAUGUUUAUGUUUGGUAAAGGAAGAUCUUAUGGACUUCCUUUCUCUACCAUAUACAAAUCAGGUGCCUUUGCGUUGUUGUUUGUGCUUUUAUGCCAAACAACAACCAUGAUUUAACUUAAGAGUUUUCAAUUUUGUAAUAAGUUGAAUGAUAUGUGUUUCGGCCGAUAGAUUAUUUAAACUUUUAAAUUCUUGAUCGAAUAUACAUUUAUAUAUGUUCAAUGUUUGUCUAA